AUUUAAGCAAUCAUUUCAUUGCUAUAAAUUAGGAAGUGAGAGGAUUAAGUUACUCUCCUCUCUUAAGCUGCUCCCUGGCGCAAUCGGAAAUGUCGAACGUAGUAGUUUUGGACAACGGGGCCGGGCUAAUUAAGGCUGGUAUCGGCGGCGAAAGAGAUCCAACAGCUAUUGUCCCCAACAGCAUGGGCCGUUCACUUUCUUCCAAGAAAUGGCUUAUGGCUGACCAGCUUCUUUCAAAAGACGUCGACCUCACUUCCGCCACCGCUCGCCGCCCUUUCGACCGCGGUUACCUUAUCAACCCCGAUCUCCAAUCUUCCCUUUGGUCUCACAUCUUCUCAAACCUUCUCAGAAUCACUCCUUCACAUUCCUCUCUACUUCUUACUGAACCGCUUUUCAAUCUCCCUUCAAUACAGCGCUCACUUGACGAAAUUGUCUUCGAAGAUUUUAAUUUUAAGGCCCUCUAUGUAUCUGAUUCCCCGUCUUUGGUCCAUCUUUAUGAGGCAUCUCGUCGGCCUUAUGGCCUUGUCUCAAAAGCCCAGUGUAGCUUAGUUGUCGACUGUGGAUUUUCAUUUACUCAUGCUUCCCCCGUCUUUCAGAAUUUUACAUUGAAUUAUGCUGUGAAAAGGCUUGAUCUUGGUGGUAAAGCUUUGAGUAAUUAUUUGAAGGAGUUGGUGAGUUAUAGAAGUGUUAAUUUGAUGGAUGAAAGUUUCCUUAUGGACCAUGUUAAGGAGAAACUUUGUUUUGUGUCUUUGGAUGUUCCCAGGGACUUGCAGAUUGCUAGGAAACCGGGAAAGGACAAUUUGUUUAGGUGCACAUAUGUGCUUCCUGAUGGUAUUACACAUACUAAGGGUUUCCUUAAAGAUCCCGAAGAACCAAAGAGAUAUCUUUCUUUGUAUGAUAAAGCUCCGAAGCAAGUAGCAGGGGAACAAAAUGAUAUGGAUCAGCUCGAGAACACUGACGAUUCCGAGGACAGGAACAGAAGCAAUGGAUCAAGAAUUGAUUUGACAAAAAAUGAAUUUGGCUUGACAAAUGAGCGGUUCCUUGUCCCAGAGAUGAUGUUUCGUCCAGCUGACUUGGGACUGAAUCAGGCUGGACUUGCAGAGUGCAUUCUUCGAGCAAUCCGUUCCUGCCAUUCUCAUCUUCACCCAGUUCUAUAUGAGAGCAUCAUUCUGACUGGAGGCAGUACUCUAUUUCCUCAUUUUGCCAAAAGACUAGAGAUGGACCUUCGGCCUCUUGUUCCAGAUAAAUAUCGUUUAAAGAUUACAACUCAAGAAGAUCCUAUUCUAGGUGUUUGGCGUGGAGGAUCCCUCUUGGCAUCAAGUCCUGACUUUGAUGCAAUGUGUGUCACCAAAGCUGAAUAUGAGGAGCUGGGAUCAGCAAGAUGUCGAAAGAGAUUCUUCCACUAACUUUUCUGUAUUCUGAUGAUACUAUUGAUGUUAACAAUUCUAUCCCUGUUCAUUGUUAGUGUUAGGCAUGCCUUAGUGUUGUGGAGAAGAUAAAUUCAGAUUUAGGAUGAUCGCCUGCCUCUGCAGUUGCAAAUAAGCUGAAUAUGGUUGUGUUUUUCUGGAAAAAAAAAUUGGAUUUGUUAUGAAAUGAUUCUUUUUCUAGUCA